GAUUGUGUGGCGGCAGAAUUGAAAAUGGUCAAUUGUACCAUCCCCUGGGACACCUUUGAGGGGGACAUCCCGAACUUCCUCUUACAUUUCUACAUCUUCUACUGCUACAUCGUCUGCUCCGUCGGUCUUACAUGUAAUGUCAUUGUCCUGUGGUGCGUGGUGGGCUGCCCGAAGACACGCCCUGCCGUCAAGGUGCUUCUGUGUGCUUUGUUCUCCACCACCCUCCUCAUGUGUCUGUUGGUGAUGCCCUUCAUGGCUCAUGUCGGGAUAUCCAAGGUGCGCUGCUCUGUCUACCUUUCAGCGCCGCUCAUAGAAGGAAUGGUUCUGCUUUACAUCAUUCUGACCGAGAUGGAGCUGCUGUUCAUUGUCGUCAUGGCCUUCCUCAGAACGGUGGCGGUGUGGUCCCCUCAGAGGCAUCAGGUGAAGCUACGGACGAGUGUGGCGUUGCUGGUGGGCGUCGCUCUCUACGCCACUGUCACCACUCUAGCGGUGUUCUGGCGUGGUAUCAACAUAGUCACCAAGUUGUCAGCAAGAAUCUACAACUGCCUUCACUUUCUGGCUCCCGUGGUGCUCACCCUCGCCUGCUACCUCUCCAUGAUCGUCGCCGUACGGUACAACAAGCGUCGUGUGAGCAGCAGUAAUCACGCAGCACUCUCGGGCAAGGUGAUGGACCAGGCCACGCGGACCAUGCUGGCGGUGUUCAUCAGCAAUCUCCUCCUCGGCCUGCCGCACUCCAUCUAUCACAUUUUGCCCUUCGAUUUCAGCAUCAUCCCCUAUGUCAUCGUGCACAGCAUUUUCUAUGCGCACUUAAUAGUGGACCCUCUGGCAUUCCUGUGUUCCAGCCAGCACCACCGGCGGCGUCUCCUGCAGGCAGUGACCUCCUGCCUGAACCUCAUUCCCUACAGGCCACACACACCCUCACACGCUACCUCCAACCUGCCUCUCUACAUCAUGCCACAGACUUCAUCUCAGCAGCCAAAGAAUGAACACGAUGGAGACCCAUCAUGAAGACUAUUCUCACAAACUUGAGAUGACAUGAAGACCAGUUAACCCAGCUAUUGAUUUGGUUUGACUACGAUAAUACUGCAAGUCAGGUGAAUUUAGAUUGUAACUUAAGUUAAAUUAACCUAAUCUAAUUUUAACUAUAUCAAAAGAAGCUGGAAUGGCUGAAGUGAUCUUCGUGAGAACUGAAAUUUGCAACAGAGCAAUAUCUCAAUCUGCUGUUUCUGUUUAACGAGUCAUUGCCGGUCUCUCUAUCAGACAACUUUCCCUGUUUAGCUUAAGUACGUUACGCAUGGCAUUGUACCUAUGUGAAUAGUUCAUUCUGUUAUCAUUGCAUAUCGGAGUUCAGGUGGCGUUGUGGUGCGGCGCCCGGAUCGCUGUUCCUGGCUAGACUGGUGCAAGGCUUUACGUCGGUUAAUGUAGCGCUUCCUUGCAGCCAUAUUCAUUGUCAAUAUGAUUUUACUGUUGCGGUGAAAAUCACUCUCUAUGUGAAGAUAUUUCCUUAAGCUAUCAAUGUUGCUUAUAGUAGUUCGUCAUGAAAUAGCGUUUUGGGAUCUUGAAUGUUUAAGUGAGAAACACAAUUUUCUCGUCUCGGCAAGCACUGCCACGUCAAGGUCACUCACUACUCAGGACAACGAUGACUCACUACACUGUAACGUCACAUACGCGGAAGCAUAUAUACAUUCAUAAUCAGCAAGAAUUACACUUCAUACAGGUAUCCUAUUUUUCCUUGUGACUUUUCUCUCUCUCUAUUCACUUCUUUUCUUCAUCUUAGUUCCUGCAGCUGUUAGUCACCCUCUUUUCUACCUCACAAAACCGAUAAAUUGAAAGAUAAAAAAUACAUAUUCUGCUUUCGUCAUCCCUCCUUUCACCCGUUACCGGACGCUCGCCUCUAUUGUUUGCGGGAUAAUAAUGUGAUGGGACUCCCGCCUUGCAGAACGACAGAUUUAAACAGAUACCAUAGACUUCUCGGUAUUAUGAUAAACACCUCACUUCCUGCUGGGCGACGCCUGGGUGGAGUAUCAAAACACCUUCACAACUACAUUUAUCAACCCGAUUAUUUAUUUAUUCUCUCCAUUUGCCUCUUUUCUAAGGAGGAAGCAGCAAUGAAGGGGGACUUUUACUUUAAUUUCUUUGUACCUUAUCAUGAUUAUUUUUUUUAUAUACGUAAAAAUACAGAUGAAUAAAAAGU